CAUCAUUCUAACGGACGUCUUAAAAACAGACCAAGGCCUACCCCUCCUGUUGCGGUCUGCUACAUGAGCAAUCACAGGUCGUAGAUAAAGCACCUGGGUGAUAAGCGGCAUGCUCGGUGUGCCGUCUGUUGCAUACUGGCUCACAGGAUGUGGCCUGGUUGGCAAUGGUUGCUUUGUUUUAUCCACCCAUGCUGACUUGGCCGCAGAGACUUGAAGAGUAAAGGAGGGCCACUUCUGAACAAUAGCGCAGCGGGCCACGGCCAAGAAAACAUGGCCAAACCCUGACAGAGAGACGAGAAUGACAGAGUUUCUCGUUGACUAGCGACUUGUAAAUCCUCGAGGCGGUGGUGGAAGUGAUCGUCAGGAGCCCGGCUCUGAGAUACUUUGCGGUCCAAUACGGAGGCUGCUGUAUCCGACACUAGUUUUCAUCCCAAGGACGAAUGCCUCAAUGAUCAGCCUCAGUAAUUAAUCGUUCGCAACACAGGCGAGAUGACCAUCUGGACGCAAUCUCGGCCAACCUCUCAUUUUUCCUUCCGUCGACCAUGUUUCCUCACAUCUUUUCGCACCGCAUCCGUGUCCAACUUGGUUUUGCGCUCACGCAGAUGCAGUGAUGCGUUGUCCAACAGCCAUUAUCCCUUCCUCUCAUAGGUUAAUGCUAGGUGAUAGGAUGCAGACCAGGCCUUAUCUCCACUCUGACCCAUCCUAAAUCAGGGAAGUUAACCAGUCGCUCGUCGCUUUGGCCCAUCCCUUCUCUGCUGAUCCUUGCAAUAGUCCAACACACCGGUUUCUGCACUCUGAAAUCACAAACGCCAACUCACUCCUGCGACCAGACAAUGGCCGCGUUUUGCAGCAGUUACAUGGAUAGUGGGACCCUGUCGCGGUAGCAGGUCAGGCUUCUAUGACAAUAAAACCCGCAGGAUCCCUCGUGGCCCAACGUCUCCCUUCUGUUCCUCAAUUUUCCUGCCCAACUCUCGCCUCUUACUACCCAACCAACCAUUCAGUCUCAUCCUUCAAAGACUACCAAGCCUUUCUUACCCUUCUUUCAUACACAACUAUCAAAGUUUUCAAUCUUCCAUCUGGAAUUGAAAGCAACCCAAUCAGCCUAAGGAUCCAUCCUGUCGCGCAACAACAACAACUCGACAGAUUGCCACUGGUCUGAACGUGCAAGACAACGCCCCAACGUUGUUCUUUGCUGAUCCACGAGCUCAAUUUUGCUCUUCAUUCCGAGGAUACAAUGACUGUUACUCUUGUGACACAGCCUGCUACCAUGCACGCUUUCAAGAACUCUGACCUCGAUGAGGUUCACUCGUUGUCCAGGUACUGUUUUUCUUACUCUUCCCUGGGAGGUUAGCAUUUGCUUUUUCAAUCAUGUUGCUCGCAAAUCAUGUACAACGACAAUCUUGCUUCACUCUGCCCAAGGAUACCAAGCCAGGAAACUUGUUUCAACUCUCGUCCCAAGGACAUUUCCCGGAACAUCCUUUUCUGGAUCUCAAUGGACCUUGAUAUACCCAUGAAUAAUCACGACAACAAGCCCUGGACUCAAAUUGACUGGAUCUGUCCGUCCGGACAUGAAACAAUAAUAUUGUAUACUGGCCAUGAGCCCCGUGAGUAUUGCCCGCUUUCAAAUUGAAUCAGCAGCUCUUCGCCCGGAUGUCAAACCUGGACUAUUCAUGGACCACAAGGAUUUCUCUUCCGGAUAUCAGGAGUCGACCCAAGGACAAUGGACCUUUUCCUCUGAUUCUCGUUUUCUGGAUAUGGACCUUGGGCGGAUGGUAUUUCGACAGGACAUCACACGACCCAUGGAACUUCGCCUGGACUCUGCUCCUUCUGUACCGCUUAGCGGUGUUAGACAUCAAGGUAGCAUCUGGCUUGAUGGCCUGCAAUCCAAUUCGAUUGCUUCUUCGUGCAGCCGCACUGGACUUCCAUUCAUGGACACCAAUUAUGCUUUCCACUGGACGUUCUUGCUACCAGGCCCCAAUGGACACCGAGGAUCUCAUUGUUCUGCUCAAUCGACACUGGACUUCCACAACGACAAUACAUGAUGCUAUGCCAACUUGUUUUUCUGCGAAUACUUAGAUUGAAGGCCUGGACUUUGCGACAAUACUCAACAUUUCCUACCUGCCACUGGAAUACUGCCGGAUUCAAUGUGAUUUGAUUACUGUAUUGACGACCUUGCCUGGCUACAACAAUAAUCCAUGGAUGACCUAAAGGAUUCCGACAGAAUGCAAGAUCUAAUCCUAGGCUAUGCUUCACACUGUCAUACUUGGUCUGUAAACUAAUACCACAUUAACCCCAUCUCGAAUGCUAACCUAGUAACAGAUUCAAAGUUGAUUCCGAGUCAUGAUUUAGUCUUGUUUCAUGUUUCAUUUUUGGUUUUAUUUGCUUUCACAUUGCGAAGAACGGGACACUGACCCUUCCCCAGCGAUUAUAGCUACUCUCAGCCAACAUUGGCCCCCAACACUGGUCUCUUUUCUUUUUCUUCUCAAACAGAACCAUCAGCGGACCUGUUGACAGGUUCGUCAUGGGCCACGACAGUAGAAGGACCACAGAACUUUCAAGAUUUCCCAGACAAUGGAUCCGCCCAUUCCGGAGAAGCCGAGGAGUUCAUUUUCACAUCUGGCCAUGCUACGCCCCGAGGAACCAGGGUGCCUUCCCAAGGAAACUGGUCCACAUCCAGGACUACCGCUUCUGUGACCCAAGGUGGACAAGCCAUGUCCAGGGUGAGCUCAAGCAGGUCUAGCGGCUCUUCGCUGUCACAAUCAUCACAUCUGUCCAACAUGGACUUUACAGGUAAUACUUGCGCUCUCCAGACUGGAACCCAGACCGGCGCUACCUUGCAUGGAAUUGAUACUUGCCUCCUGGACCCUACCGAUGGUAUCACGAACCAGAUGUACUGGCCCGGUUAUUCCCUUGACGGUGGACUGAACGGUGAUGCCACCUUUUCUCUUCCCGAUGCCAACCCUCUGCAUGUUGUCCCUUCUCAUAUGCAGCUCGGCCCUGAUGUUUCCCUGGUCGAGAACUCUCCUCCCAGCCCUUGGGAUUGCUUUUCUAGCUCUAUCUCUCGAUCAUCUUCUCCCAACACUAUUGAGGAUUUGUGGUUUCCUAACCAGAGCCCAAACUCAUCCCCCGAGAUUCAGUGCCAGUCACCAAGGUACGUAGCCCCCAACCGCAUAGUGACCAAUGAUCCGGUUUCUUACCAAGUCGACUGUUUUAGCCUGGACCGGAACAUUCCCUUGAUCUCUGAAGAUGCCAAUGGAAAAGCCAUGCCCACAUUCGAUGAGCUUCCUGCUGCUACCUCUGCCUUCACUGGUCCACGACGACAGAACAGCGAUGGUGAGUCCGCUCGGGACCAUGACCUAUACAAGAAGGCCGCUCCAUACGAGGAUGGACUUUACCACUGCCCAUGGGAAGGACAACCAAGCUGCAACCACCGACCCGAGAAGCUCAAGUGCAACUAUGACAAAUUCGUGGACUCUCACUUGAAGCCCUACCGCUGCAAGGCUGAGUCGUGCGAGGGCGCCCGCUUCUCGUCGACUGCUUGCCUACUCCGCCAUGAACGUGAGGCCCACGGACUCCACGGUCAUGGCGACAAGCCUUUCCUUUGUGUUUAUGAGGGCUGUGAGCGUGCCGUUCCUGGAAAUGGAUUCCCUCGCCAGUGGAACUUGCGUGACCACAUGAAACGUGUUCACAACGAUCACGGAAGCUCCAGCGGCUCACCUACAACUGGAUCUGCUCAGCCUGCUAAGGGACGUAAACGCAAGACUGAGACUGCCGAGGCUCAGAUUUCCCACAGCCGCAAGGCGACUGUCAAGUCAAUACCUCCUCCCCCGGAGCCCAAGGAGGACAUGACCCAGCCCCUUAUUGACCAGUGGAUGGAGCACCGCAAGGCUGUGGAGAGCCUCAUGCGAAACCUCGUCAAGCCUGAGGACACCCAGAACCUCCAGCACAUCGGAACUCUCCAGAACCGCCUGAGCUCCAUGAUGAAGCUCACCAACGACCUCAAUGCCAUCAACAACCCAGGAAACACCCUGGUUGGCACUGGCUGAAUGAUUUACAUGCGAGUCUUGUCUGCUACCAAAAAAAACACCGAAAUUGAUUUGUGCAAGUGCACAGGCAGAGAAAAGAAGUCCGUCUAAUAUAGAGACAAAUUCUGAAUCUCGAAGACGUCCCAAGGACCGGGCGAUGAUGCCACAGAUCUACGGCAAGAAGGACAUGUCCAGCCGAGUAGACUCUUUCCUAGGAACGGAUUCACUUCAUUACUACCGGAAUCCAUCAAUCCAAGGACAAGGACCACGGAUGUCAACCCAUGGAUUGCGCUAUUGCUGCGCCAGGAUGAUAACGGAGUUCCUGUGACGGGAGAAACACCAAGGACUUUAGAGUCGAGCUGAGGAGGAAAAAGGGGGACGUCGCGAAGAUGACAACAGAUACACUGAUCAUUCUCAUAUGAGUUUGAUACAGAUUUCACAGAGCAAGUACAACAACAACAGAUGGCCCUUGACAACAGGAAAGGGUAGCAGAUUUAGACACUUUGUUUGGGAGGAAUUUUGAUAUUGAUAGCAUCACUACACAUAGGAUUUGAGUUCAAUCGAGUUUUUUUUU